UCGUCAUAAUAGUAUUGUUAAUUUUGAGUGUCAACAGCUGACUUCACUAAUGUACAAAAUUAAAUAAAUAUUUACAGCGAAUUAAAAAAUGAGAACCAAAAUUGAUUUAGAAGGUAAAAGAGUACGCACUAGACAAAAACAGCUGGAAUUUUUCCUUCAAUUUUCGAAAGAGCAUCAGUCGAUAUUGAGGGGAGAAAAAGACCCGCGCGCUUGGUCAGAACUGGCUGAUAGUUUAAAUGCAAUGCGAGGCCCAACAAGAAGUGCAUCGAAGUGGAGACAGACUUUAAAUCAUUGGCGUAACCAAGUUCGUUCGCGUGCCAAAAAAGCAAGAAGUGGUGGUCCUGGAAUAACAAUUCAGUUAUCUGAGCUUGAAUGUCAAGCGAUGGAUACAUUUGGUAGUUCAGCUGAAACUGGUUUAAUAGAAUUACCUGCGUUAGGAAUACAAAGUUUUGAUGAUAGUGGCAGUAUUAUAAUUGAACCAAAACAGGAACUAUUAUCACCAGUUGGAAAUGUUUCAGGACCCCCAUCAACACCAAGUGCACCAUCGUGUUCCCCAAACCUUACUGCUCCUACAUUCUCGAAACGGAAACGUGUCACUGACGAUAAGGAGUUAUCGCUUCUCAGAGAAUCAAUUAAAAAAUCCAGAGAAUACGAAGAACGUUCCCUGGCAAUUCAGGAACAAGUUCUUGAAACGCAACAAGCAAUCGCAUCCGCUUUAAACAAUAUUAGUACAGCAGUUUUUCAAUUUAUUGAAUUAAAAAAUAAACCAAAUUAUAAAUAAAUUUAUAUAUGUAGUUUCUUUUAAUUAAAUUAUUUUCAUUGCCGUGUACUUCUUUUGUUACGUACGAGUUUGUAAAUUUGGCAUCACUUGAUAUAUAUUCGUCUAUUUGUACUUCAACGGUUUGUAGA